AAUUAACCAAUAGGAAGCAAUGUUGUUCACGCGGGGAGAAAUAAUGCAGUGGUUAAGGGAGCAGUCUACUGUGAUAAUUGUGUGGUAACUGACAGUGCAGUGAAAAAUAUCGUAUAUGUAGGUUUGCAUCAUUAUUCAUAUCAAAAAAUUACACUUUAAUCUAAAAUGUCAUCUCCUGCACAGGUGUUAAAAAGUAUUGGUCCAAAGUUAGUCCCGUUCUUUAAAAGUGUGUCUGUAUAUUUUAUAUUACUGGCUGAGCAGCCGUCUCUACUGACGGCAUGUUUCAAAUGUUUACCAAUUAUAAGUCUUAUCGUUUUUGUUCUGCUACAUGGAAUUAAUUUAUCGCAGGAAUAUACCUUUUCGAGGCGAAUAUUGACAGGGUUAAUAUUCAGUUGUAUAGGAGAUGCAUUAUUGGUUUGGCCCAGUUGUUUCACACCUGGAAUGUGCAUGUUUGCUUUAGCUCAGAUUAUGUACAUCAGUGCAUUCGGUUUUAUACCGCUUAACAUAAUGCUAGGUACAAUUUUAUAUGCGAUGUGUUCGCUAGUCAUAUAUACUUUAAUGCCUGGUCUAAAUGGAAUUCUGGUUAUUGGAGUUCCAGUUUACACGGUAUUAUUAACUACUAUGGCAUGGAGAGCAAUUUCUAGAGUACAAUUUUACAAAGAAUUAUGGACGUGGACUAAAUUAUGUAGCUGCAUCGGCAGUAUAUGUUUCCUCAUAUCUGAUACUUUACUUGGAUUUCAUUAUUUUCAUACACCAUUACCUUAUUCUCAGGUUUCUAUAAUGUUAACGUACUAUGCAGCUCAAUUAGGAAUAGCUUUGAGUGCAGUUGGUUCUAAAAAUAAUAAUAAUAAUAAUAAUAAUAUCAACAACGAUAAAAAAAAUGACGUAGCCUUAAUGAAAGGCUAAGAGAAGAUUUUGUCUUUAUAGACUAUAAAUAUUAUGAAUUUAUAUUAUACUGCUCAACAUAGUUAAAAUGAAACACAAAAUACGACGAAAGUACGAUAGGGUUAUUUUUAAAAGAUUAAUUUGUACAGCAUUAAUGUACAGCAUUAUAUGUUAUGAUGAAGAUAAUAAUUUAUAUACUUUAAUAUGUCGUACUAUAAAUUAUAUGUUUUAGUUUAGUAUAAUUGUUUUAAAAUAAGUAUAAUGCAUCUCAUUUGAAAAUUUAUAAUAAUCGUAAAACUAAAAGUCCUAAACACUGCCACUUUCUUAAGGCAAAAAUUUUUACCUCAUUCUUUAUGAUUUAUUAUAGUCGAUACUUAUUGCAUUUAUAAUCUUUUAAUGAAUAUUAUCCAUCUGUAUGUAAUUAUGUCAAGUCA